CAACUUUGCGAUGGAGUUUGUGCGGGCGCUGUGGCUCGGCCUGGCGCUGGCGCUGGGGCCCGGGCCGGCCGGGGGCCACCCGCAGCCGUGCGGCGUCCUGGCGCGCCUGGGGGGCUCCGUGCGCCUGGGCGCCCUCCUGCCCCGCGCGCCCGUCGCCCGCGCCCGCGCCCGCGCCGCCCUGGCCCGGGCCGCCCUGGAGCCGCGGCUGCCGCACAACCUGAGCUUGGAGCUGGUGGUCGCGGCGAGCCCCGCCCGCGACCCCGCUUCGCUGGCCCGCGGCCUGUGCCGGGCGCUGGAGCCGCCGGGCGUGGCGGCCUUGCUCGCCUUUCCCGAGGCGCGGCCCGAGCUGCUGCAGCUGCACUUCCUGGCGGCCGCCACCCAGACCCCCGUGCUCAGCGUGCUGCGGAGGGAGGCGCGCACGCCCCUCGGCGCCCCGAACCCAUUCCACCUCCAGCUGGACUGGGCCAGCCCCCUGGAGACACUGCUGGAUGUGCUGGUGUCUGUGCUGCAGGCACAUGCCUGGGAGGACAUCGGCCUGGCGCUCUGCCGUGUAAGGGACCCCAGUGGCCUGGUGGCCCUCUGGACAAGCCGGGCCGGCCGGGCCCCGCAGCUUGUGCUGGACCUGAGCCGGCAGGACAUGGGAGACACAGGGCUGCACGCACGCCUGGCCCCGCUGGGGGCGCCCGUGGAGGGUGAAGCCCUGGUCCCUGCGGCCGUCCUCCUCGGCUGUGACGUCCCCCAUGCCCGUCGGGUGCUGGAGGCCGUCCCCCCUGGCCCACGCUGGCUCCUGGGCACGCCGCUGCCAGCUGAGGCCUUGCCCACGGAGGGCCUGCCGCCGGGGCUCCUGGCACUGGGUGAGGUGGCCCGGCCCCCGCUGGAGGCCGCCAUCCACGACGCUGUGGACCUAGUAGCCCGAGCACUGGGCAGCGCGGCCCAGGUGCAGCCGGAGCGCGCCCUCCUCCCCGCCGCGGUCAACUGCGGCAGCCCGCGGCAGCCGGCUGCACCAGAGUCCUCGGGGCACUUCUUGGCGAGGUUCCUGGCCAACACGUCCUUCCAGGGCCGCACUGGGCCAGUGUGGGUGACCAGGACCUCCCAGGUACACGUGUCUCGGCACUUCAAGGUGUGGAGCCUGCGCCGUGACCCACGGGGCGCCCCGGCCUGGGCCACAGUGGGCCACUGGCGGGACGGGCGGCUGGACCUGGAACCUGGGGGUGCUGCCGUGCAGCCCCCACCCCAGCCGGGUGCCCAGGCCCGGCCCAAGCUGCGAGUGGUGACGCUGAUAGAGCACCCGUUUGUGUUUGCCCGCGAGCCGGACGAGGACGGACAGUGCCCGGCAGGGCAGCUGUGUCUGGACCCCGGCACCAACCACUCAGCCACGCUGGAUGCGCUGUUCGCCGCGCUGGCCAACGGCUCGGCGCCCCGCGCCCUGCGGAAGUGCUGCUAUGGCUACUGCAUCGACCUGCUGGAGCGGCUGGCGGAGGACACGCCCUUCGACUUCGAGCUGUACAUCGUGGGUGACGGCAAGUACGGCGCCCUGCGGGACGGCCGCUGGACUGGCCUGGUGGGGGACCUGCUGGCCGGCAGGGCGCACAUGGCGGUCACGAGCUUCAGCAUCAACUCGGCGCGCUCGCAGGUGGUGGACUUCACCAGCCCCUUCUUCUCCACCAGCCUGGGCAUCCUGGUGCGGGCGCGCGACACGGCGUCUCCCAUCGGCGCCUUCAUGUGGCCGCUGCACUGGUCCAUGUGGCUGGGCGUCUUCGCGGCCCUGCACCUCACCGCGCUCUUCCUCACCCUUUACGAGUGGCGCAGCCCCUACGGCCUCACGCCCCGCGGCCGCAACCGGAGCACGGUGUUCUCCUACUCCUCGGCCCUGAACCUCUGCUACGCCAUCCUGUUUGGACGCACCGUCUCCAGCAAGACGCCCAAGUGCCCCACGGGGCGCUUCCUCAUGAACCUCUGGGCCAUCUUCUGCCUGCUCGUGCUGUCCAGCUACACGGCCAACCUGGCCGCCGUCAUGGUCGGGGACAAGACCUUCGAGGCGCUCUCGGGGAUCCACGACCCCAAGCUGCACCACCCGUCGCAGGGCUUCCACUUCGGCACGGUGUGGGAGAGCAGCGCCGAGGCCUACAUCAAGAAGAGCUUCCCCGAGAUGCACGCGCACAUGAGGCGCCACAGCGCGCCCACCACGCCCCUGGGCGUGGCUAUGCUCACGAGCGACCCUCCGAAGCUCAACGCCUUCAUCAUGGACAAGUCGCUCCUGGACUACGAGGUGUCCAUCGACGCGGACUGCAAGCUGCUGACUGUGGGCAAGCCCUUCGCCAUUGAGGGCUACGGCAUCGGACUGCCCCAGAACUCACCGCUCACCUCCAACCUGUCCGAGUUCAUCAGCCGCUACAAGUCCUCAGGCUUCAUCGACCUGCUCCAUGACAAGUGGUACAAGAUGGUGCCUUGCGGGAAGCGGGUCUUUGCGGUUACAGAGACCCUCCAGAUGGGUAUCUACCACUUCUCCGGGCUCUUUGUGCUGCUCUGCCUGGGCCUCAGCAGCGCUCUGCUCAGCUCGCUGGGCGAGCACGUCUUCUACCGCCUGGUGCUGCCACGCAUCCGCAGGGGCAACAGGCUACAGUACUGGCUGCACACCAGCCAGAAAAUCCACCGCGCCCUCAACCUGGAGCUGCCAGAAGGGCAGAAGGAGGAGAGGCUGGAGGCUGAGCCCAGUCGCCCAGAGGAGCACCAGCAGCAGCAGGAUGCUCCAGCAGCGCCCGAGGGCUCUGGGGCCUGUAAGCGGGUGCGCCGGGCUGCUGGUAAGGAGCGUCGCGUGCGCUUCCUGCUGGAGCCCCCUGUGGCUGCGGCGCCGGAUGCAGACGCAGAGGCCGGGACGCCGGAGGGCCCCGUGUGGCUGUGCUCCAACGGCCGCCCGCCUGCUGCGCUGGCCACAGGCCCCCCGCGGCCCGGAGAGCUGCAGGAGCUGGAGCAGCACAUCGAGGGCGUGCGGGAACGCCUCCGCCAGGCCCUGGUGCGGCGAGGCGAGCUGCUGGUUCAGCUCGGGGACAGUGCCCGGCAUCGGCCGCUGCGCCUGCUGCAGGCCAGAGCGGAUGCCGGGGAAGCCCCCAUCCACUCGGGCCCGCCGGGGAGCCGGGAAUAGAGGCCGUGGCUUGGGUUCCUGUGGGCGCACGCACACACACAGACGCUGACUGGGCCGCUGUCGACAGUUUAUUCUAUAUACAAACACAAUUUUGUACACUGCAAUUAAAUAGAAUGGAAUGAG